CAAACUCAAGAAGACCUGCCACUGACAACACAACAAAAUCUACUGAACAACAACAACCAAAGACUCCAACAUGAGGCUUCACUGCAUCUUCAUCGCCUGUUUCGUCCUCUUCGCCCUCUGCUCAAUGGCAAACAGCGAAUUCAUCCAAGGUCCUGAUAAAUGCUGCUUUUCUUAUUCCAAUGUGAGAAUCCCACUGAAGCAGGUUGUCAGUUACCAUACAACUCAUCUUGAAUGCCACAGGAGUGGAAUCGUUUUUGUCACAAACGCUGGAAAUGAGAUCUGUACCAACCCGAACGAGAGAUGGGUUCAGAGACUUGUGAACUUGGUGGACGCUCGCAACCUGAAAGAGAUAUCAGAUGACAGCUUUGACGGAAGUGUUUAAGAUGUGAACGGCUCUUUGUUUUCAAACUCAGUGGUUUUGGAACAGAUUUUUGAGCUUUAAUUUAAAAAGGAAAAUGAAGGCACCUAUUGGUUUUUCA